GUUAUGCAUCAAUGUUGGAAGUCAUUUUCUUUAUAUCUUUAUUUUUUGAAAAUUUAAUCACUAUUUUAUUUGUUUUUCCAGAUGAAAACGGUUGUAAUCUUUUUCAUUUUGCUGGCAAAGGUCAAUGCUCAAGUGAACUCAACCACCACAGAUCCUUUUGUGAGCAUCGAAUCGAGUGCCAGUACGACUGCACCGGUUAUAACAACUAGUGCACUAGUUGUUACCUCUAGUUCGCCGGUCGCUAUUACUAGUACACCGGUUACUACUUCUAGCACGCCUGUUUUACCUACUAGUAAUUCGGUCGUUAUCACUAGUGCACCAGUUGCUACCACUAGCGCACCAGUUGUUUCCUCUAGUGCGCCAGUUGUUCCCACUAGUACGUCAACAGCUUCCACUGAUGCACCUACUGUUUCGACAAGUACAUCUAUUGCUCCUACUAGUACCAUAGUUGUUACUGCAAGUACUGCAACCACCACUACAGGGAACAGUACUGCGCCGGAGGGUGGAGGAAAAGGCGGGGCCAGUGCUUUGUUGCUAAGCUACUACGUGUUUGUUCUGACUCUCAUUGGUACGCACACUAUGCUGUUGGUGGACUUCUGAUUUACUAGAUGUUGUUAUUUAUCGGAGCUUAUGUGAUAGGCCUAUGAUCUGUGAAGGGAGGCAAAAAUUUAAUGUAUUAGUUUGUGAUAUUAUCUAAAAUGUAAUCUCAUUUUAUAUAUCGAUCAUAUUUGAUCAUAAUGUCCAUUAUAUAAUUGAUUUCUUUCUGUUAUAAGUUUUAGAAAACUUUGUCAAUAUUUAUAAACAUUUGUGUUAAUUUAAUAUUUUGCCAUAAAUAAAGAGACGUUUGAUAAGUGAAAAUCUAAAUGAUAAGAAUUAAAAAAAAAUGUUCGAAUGCAUUUCGACAUAUAGUACUAUAACCUAAUACUUGUUGCAUGGUUGAUUUGCUACGGAAUCAGUGAAAAGAUUGACGAAAACCAUCAGGAGAUUCAUCGUAAUAAACAGGAAGAGGUAUGGGUUACGUUGCAAUUGGCACCCGAAUAUUACCAAAAGCAGCUAUGUGUGGAGACCGAAUGAUACGCAGUGUGAAAAUCGCCAUGGUGGAUACAACAAGUGUUAAGGUUUAAGGAGCUAAAGAAUCAAGAAACAGCUAACCAACAUCUCAAUUCAGAAAGCUACCACCCACCAG